AUGAUUUCGUUGCAGGACCAGCCAAACCUAAGGAAAGAAUUAAGGCACGAAACUUUGACAUUAUGCAAAAACGAUCAGAACUGCUCAUCGGUAAGGAUUUGUACUUUGGUAUAACAUAUGUAUUUGAUUAGUUGCUAUACUAUGGCAUUUUAGUACUCAUUUAGCUACAGUGCUAUGUUGUUAUAGUUAGAGAUAUCUUCGGGGCAAUGCCGGGACUAAAAAAUUGCAUAGCUUAAAAAAUAACUUUUACUAUAGUAAUUUUACAUUCUUUUUGAAACUUAUUUUGAUUUUUUAAUCAAGAAGAUUCAUAAGUAAAGAGCUAAAACAUAGCUUUAGGUAAUACCUCUUACAUGUUUAUAUAUAUACAUAUUACCGAUGGUAUUACUCUGUCAUGCCUUGAAAACUGGCUAGCUCAUCUUUAAUUAGAUAUUCUCUCAAAAGGUCGCUAAUUUCCGUUUCCGAUUGUAUUGCGCAACUUGCUUUUCAAAGUUGCGCAACCGUAAACUGACAGUAACAUACGAUGAAUAUAGCUCAAUAUUUUUUAAAUUUUAAUAUUUUUAAAAUAUAGUAAUUAAAAAUUAAUAGCACUUUAUGUUUUUUAUCGAAUUUGAGGUAUUUAAGCCCAUUUUUUUGAAAAUCAUGUUUUCGUGGUGGAACCCAAAAGUUAUACAUAAUUUUAGUUUUUUGUUAAAAUAUGGCACUAUUUGAAAAAUAUUUUAAAUACUUUAGGCUUAAAAAUACUUUUGCGACAUUUUUUUUUCCGCUGUAAACAAAGUUUUUUCCGUUUGAGAGCCUAAAAUACGUGGAGCGUAAUAAGUGUUUCCUUUUGUUUUUAUGCAAAUUAAGCACGAAAACUUGAAGUUUCUUUAAAAUUUUUUGAAGCGCGGCCGAAAAAUUUGAAUAAUUUGCAUAAUUUCGCAAAAUUUCGGAAGUUUCAAGUACUCUCACUUAAUGUCGGGCAUGGUAAUUGGCAUUUCUUUAUAAUACGGAGGGGGAAUUAAAGUUAUGAAGAGUUUUUAUUGCUUUGGAAGAGAUUUACUGUGGUAAAAUACUAACAAAUCGUUAAAAAUAAUGUUUGGGAUAAUUGAAAAUCGAUGAAAAUACACAAAUAUUAUAGUAUAACAUAGCAAACAUUGGAUACUAAGCAGAAUAACACACAAAAAAAUAAAAAUUAUGUUGUAGUAGCUUCACAUGGUCUUUAACUUCAAAUUUCAGUGUAUGUUACCAUGCAAGGAAUCAAUAGACACAAACCAACGCUGUGCGAUGACAGUCUGUUUAUCAGCCGAAAACAGAAGAUCGUGCGAGGAUUCUUGUGUUUUCAUGGAGAAGAUCAGUAAGAAAAAGCCUGGCAGUUGUCCCAAACCCAAGCUUUUCUCCGCCGACGAAUGCUCCGCCGAAUGUAAUCGAGAUUCUGAUUGUCAGGAGACUCAGAAGUGCUGCACGGUGGGAUGCUCCAGAAUCUGCACACAGCCGGUCGGAAUGGAGGACAAUAAGUUGUUGCCGAUUCCUGAAGGCAUCAGCGUGGUUGAGAGGAAGAGAAAACGGUAGGAUUUUGGUUUUGAAUGUUUAAAAUUUGUACUGUAUCUACUAUAAUAUAAAAUUUAUACAUUAUUGAGCUACUUUAACUAUGUUAAACUAGUCAGGAACUAUCUUUUUUCUAAUUUUUUGGUAAAAAAAAGGUUGUAUAAGAUUGAAAAAAAUUUUUUUUAAUUUUUCAAAAUUUCAGAAGUGCGAUAGUACGAUGGAUAAUGAAAAAGAUGUCUCCUCAACAUACUCAGACAGUAUCAAAUAUGUUUGUCAUUCAAUGGCGAUGGGGAGUCUCAAAAGAUCCAGCUGAAAUGACGCCUUGGCAGACUAUUAUUGUUGUAAGUUACCUUUUAUAGCUACCCUUACCCUAUUAAAAGUAAAAAAUGUCCUGCUCUGCAAUAUGUACUAUAUACAUCAACGCUAGAAGUCUUUGCUAUCUAUAUUAUCAUAGUUGUCUAAAUCAUAAACCAAAAACUUAUCAAAUCGAAUUUCAGAAGAACAAAAUGUACGCGAUUCUGAAGCAUCUUUUGUCGCCAGGCCGUUUCUACAUCUUCAGAAUCGCUUCUGUCAACACAUAUGGAUCUACUGGAUUCUCAGAAGCCUCAUUGCCAUUCAAGUUGUCCAAGGAAGUUAAAGCGCCAUCAGCACCAACCAAUUUCACAGUUUCAAGUGAAACAUUUGACCAGACAGAGAAGUUCUGGACGGUUCAACUUUCAUGGACUCCACCGGCUUCCGAACUGCCGAUUAAGGUAAGGCUUUGGGCUUGUUUUAAAGCUAAUAGCCUUUUUAAUGGUUUCAUAUUAACAACAUUUCAAGUUACAUUAUUCUCUUUUCAGGAUUACGUGUUAACCUGGUGGAAGUCGACCGCCGACGGCGCCGAAAUCUACGAACGCCAGAUGAUGGGCCAAAAAGCGGCGUUAGUCCAAAGGAAACGCACCAUAGAUGACGAUAUUGAUGAAGAACCAGAAGACGAAGACUCUGAAAACGUUGCCAAUACUGGAAUCGAACGUCGGAGUUCUAUCUUGCCAAGUUAUACCACGAAACAUGUCCUGGACGAGCGGCUAGAGCCUGGCCAAGUCUAUGUUGUGGAACUGGUAACAAAUGUCGAGAGUACCGAAGGAGAAUUGAGAGGAGAACCAGCAAUAUUAGUGGUGAGAACAAAGGAUAAAUUUGUGGCUACAACAACACCAUUGAGUUAUGACCCAGUAGGGAAACAGAGCGAGGUGGAGAUUGAACGGUUACCUACAGAAGCUGUGGAUAGAAUUGAAAAUACGCUGAAUAUGGGUGGGAGAAGUGGUGAACACAAGGUAAAUCAUUUUUUUUAUUGUUAUGCUAUGUUAUACUUAAAAUUUAAAAAUUUGUGAUUUUUUUCCAUCGAAAGCUUUUUGAUAUUAUAGUAGGCUGAAUUCACUAAACAUACCUUUUCAGGACCAAAAACAGCCCACAGUGUUCCGUGCCGAGCUUCAGUCUCCAUAUUUUGAGAACGGUCAACUCCGUUCCACCGUGUCAUGGCUAGAUCAUCAUCGUUGCACUCCUCUUCACCGUGACUUCAUCGUGAAACUGAAGUCCCUUAGAUGCCCAGUCCAAGUCAGCUCUGAACAACUAGUCCAGGAGUGUAUUGCACCGUUAGAAGACCUCCACUUCCGUUGUGACUACGUCGUUGAAGUCCGUGACGGUCUUGACGGUGAACUUCUGAGUAGAAUCGCCUUCUCGGCUCCAAGCUGUAGCGCUACACCAAGUCUAGAAGCGAUUGACUGUGGGAAGUACGAUCAACAGACUAUCUUUGGUCAACAAGCUUUAGUUCACGGUCAGAUGGUAUCGUGCUUACCAUCAAAUCGAGAUGAAACGAACGCUGUAGAAUGUGAAUGGAACGUCGGGUUGAAUCCUUUAGUGGAUUCUGCUUCAAAAACUGAUCGUACUGACGCUGUAUCUCGUGCUGAUCGUACAGGAAUCAACUCUGAUGGUAUGAUGACUUCAGACUUCAAGGCAGAACGGUCUGACGUCCAGAUUGUGGGAUACCGUGCCGUGCUCUUGGCUUCAAAUCAACCAGAACCUCGUGUAAGCAUUGUGCCGGCUACAACACGACGGCUACGGUUUGAUGACUUGACCGCUGGUACCGACUAUCGGCUACAGAUUCAGGCCGUGACUACAGUAGGGCUGGGAGCAGAAGUCACGACACAGUUCAGGACUGGAGCAGCUGGCGUCUUUCUGCUUCAGAACAUCGACCCUGUCCGUGAAGGGCUGCCAUUAGAAGCCGUAUCUAGUUCAACUAACUCAAUAUCAUCGUAUUUAUGGCUACCUAUUGGGCUUUUCUUGUUGCACAGGAUAUGGUAG